AUGGAAGAUCGCAUUGUAGCCCAUGUUCUCAACGCGAUCGAGUCGCAUGAAGCCCCAGAUAUUCAAAUAAAAGAUACGGAACGCGACAUAAUGCCAACGGAGAAUGUCAAGUUGGCUUCUUCUACCACAAUAAAUCUAGAUGAUGCACCUGGAGAUAGCGAGCCAAUUGACACAGAAAGCCCGGACCUUGACAAAGUUAUUGAAGUCGGGGCGAAUCCUGUAGAAGGAGUGCAAGACGGGGUUGGACCUCAAAUCAGCGGGGAUAUCACUCCAGCCUUGGCACACCAAAUCAAAGAUCAACCUCAUGUUGUCUUCAUUGAUCCAGUCGGCACUCGUUGGACUUUUCCGUACGAGUCUGCUAAGACAUGGAAUGGGGCCAAAGAAUUGAUAAAGUCAGUUUUUGUCGAGAUAUACCUGCCAACUUGGAUUGCAGAGGAUAUCGACGAGGAGACAAAGGGCCCUGGCAAAAAUUUCUCGAUCAUUCAAAUCAAACCUGGAUGCUCUCAAAUCUUGACGAGUCACUGGGAAAGCCUAGUAUCACCAGGCUGGGAAUUCAAGAUCGAAUUCAGCGUGGGAAGCGAAGUUCUGCAUUCCAUUAGAAAAGAAAAAGAAGGAAAGGAGAACUCCGAGGAGUCUGCCAAAGAGCCCACACCGGCCAAAGAGAUGAGCAAGAUAGUCUACGUGGCUACUUAUCUAACCGCAGAUGAGGAUGGAGACUACCGAAAGCGCACCACCGAGCGAAAGGAAGAUAGGAUCCAACUUACAGGAGCCUCCGAAGUACAGAGCUGCGAAGCUGUUCUCGAAGAGCAUAGAGAAGUGUACUUUAGUGAUAGUCAUGCGGCUAAUCUUCAAGAUGAAAUGGUGGAUACAAUCGGCAGCCCUGUCCUACAUGUUCGCUCGCCAAUUCUCCUCGAUGCCCUGCGGGCCGUUAUUGACAUCCAAUCCAUCCCGGAUGAGUUCUCAUCAAGGGAGUAUCUAGCGAAGACUUUCAGCAGCGAUCUUACCAAAGGGCGCUUCGUGCUGCCGUUCACCGACCUUUAUCACUACCGAGACAAGCUACUUCAAUAUCGUGAAGUAGUAGGAGAAACACAUGACAAAGAAUACAGUGCUACAUGUGUGGAGCAUAUCGACAUCUUGAAUGAAUACCUCGAGGGACUGACAGAAGUCGACCUGAAAGAGGCUGAGCGUCUCGCAAGCGGCCCAGCUCCGAAGACAACAUUCAACACCCUUUGGCUUCUUCUCAAACCUGGGUCCGAUGUUUAUGUCCGAGAAGACGGAAAGUUGAAUGCAUAUGUGAUUGAGUCAUUUACAGGUGGGAAUCAGUGGCACUCGUCUUUGGGCCGUUCGGCUCCAUAUCUUGUCGACGUCUGGAAUCUCAACUCCAAUGGACAGCAUUUGACUCGAUCCGUUAAGACAAUCAGCAUUCCUGUUUUUGACCAUGAUCGUGAGAUCAAGUCGUUGCCCUUGUUUCCAGUCAGGUUUCACGUCGAUGAAGAUCCCCAGAAUCCUCUACAUCAAGAAUUAGUCAAUCGGGGUAAAAGAUUCGUGGAAAUGGUGAAAAAGCCUUCAUUUCAAGAGUACACUGGCCCAAGUAAGCUCCAGGGUAUUCGAACUUUCAAUCAAACAAGAGUUGUCAUCGACCAUACCAGUCAGCCAUGGAACUUGGAAGAAGUCCGAGAUGAGGCAUAUGGCGAAGAACCAAUUCAAAGCAUUUACGGUGUUGAGCUGGGUGAGCAAACUCGAAUUGCGCGGUGCCCAUGCCAGUCAUGCGAGGUGAAGAACGCACGUCUGAAUCGCGUCGAGCGGCGUCCGUUUGACGACUAUGACAAGAUUGACCUUGGCUCCAAAAUAACUCUCACGGAUCACCAAUAUCUGCUUUGCUGGUCGCAUGUUUUUGGAUUCGUGCUUAAGGAUCGCGCCUGGGAUGUUCUCGAGGUCUCGGGCCUGAAAGACCCAAAAAUUGACAAGGAUAUUAUCGAUUCAUUAGUAUUAAAACCAGAAAGCAACAAGCAGAUGAUCAAGGCUGCAUUCACGCCGGACUUUGUUCGGGGCAAGGGAGAAGGACAGAUCCUGUUGCUUCAUGGUCCUCCGGGGACAGGGAAAACUCUGACUGCCGAAUCGGUUGCCGAAUACACAGGUCGCCCUCUGCUUAGUAUCACUGCCGCCGAUCUAGGGCACGAGCCAGAGCCGCUGGAAGACAAUUUGCUUCGGUUCUUCAGGAACGCAAGAAAAUGGAACGCUAUUGUGCUUCUUGACGAAGCCGAUGUGUACCUUGAGACACGCUCUUCUCAGGAUCUCCGACGAAACAGCAUUGUUUCUAGUGAGUUGAGCCUAAGUUUUAUGAGUACUUACCCAUGUACAGUCUUCCUUCGAGCCCUCGACUACUUCCAGGGCAUUCUUUUCCUCACAACCAACCGCGUCGGAAGCUUCGACGAAGCGUUCAUGUCGCGAAUCCACGUGCAAAUCGGAUACGAUCCUCUGGAUGACGAAUCCAGGAAGAAGAUCUGGGACGCCUACUUCAAGAAGCUCAGCAAAAAUCAUGAGAACGGUGGCCAGCUAAUCCACUGCAAUUAUGAUGCCAAAGAGUAUGUUCGUCGCGAGGAAGAUCUUAAAGUCCUCAAAUGGAAUGGUCGUGAAAUACGCAACGCCUUCCAAACCGCUGUUGCCCUGGCAUGCUUCCAGGCAAAACAUGAAGGGGAUCGUGUUCCUGAGCUGACAGACGAGCAUCUUCGCCAGGUUGUCAAGAUGUCGCACAACUUCAAGAGUUAUCUCAAAACAGUCCGUGGAGCUGAAGAGGACAUGGCCUGGACUGCAAAGAUUAGAAAUGACGAGGCAAAGGCUAACGAGGGGAAGAUUUCUGGUCAGGGAGCCAGCAUAUAA